GUCUCCGGAAACUCAGGCAAGUGGGCACUCCAGCUUUGGCCUCCUAAAAUACCACUCCUGCUUCAAAGAUUAGAACGCAGUCUGUCUGAGGCCCGUCUUCCUGCACUCCAGAGAUGGAGCCACUACUAGGAGUAAAAAUUGGCUGCCUGUUUGCCCUGCUGGCUGUCACUCUGGGCUGUGGACUUAUUCCCAUCUGCUCCAAAUGGUUCCAGAUCGAGGCAGCUACAGGUCGUCACCGCCGGGUUCUCAGCCUCCUGGGCUGUGCUUCUGCAGGUGUUUUCCUGGGAGCAGGGUUCAUGCACAUGACCGUGGAAGCGCUGGAGGGAAUUGAAUCAGAGAUCCAGAAGUUCACGGUGCAGAACAGGACAGAAAAUGAGAAGAAUUCUUCCUCUACUGCCAGUGCAGCUCAGAUGGAGUAUCCCUACGGAGAGCUCACCAUCUCCCUGGGCUUCUUCUUUGUCUUCCUUUUGGAGUCGCUGGCGUUGCAGUGCUGUCCUGGGGCCUCUGGACAAUCAACAGUGCAGGAGGAGGAAUGGGGUGGGGCACACGGACUUGGAUUCCACAGCCAUGCACGUGGACCUGCGCCCUCCCGGGGACCCCUGAGAACGCUCGUCCUCUUGCUCUCACUCUCCUUUCACUCGGUGUUCGAAGGCCUCGCUGUGGGGCUGCAGCUGACCGUAGCAGCUACCGUGCAGCUCUGUCUCGCGGUCCUGGCUCACAAGGGACUCGUGGCCUUUGGUGUAGGACUGCGGCUGGUGCAGAUAGGCACUGAGUCGCGAUGGGCCAUGUUCUCCAUUCUGUCAUUAGCUCUCAUGUCUCCCUUGGGUCUAUCCCUAGGACUGGCUGUGGUUGGAGGAGACUCUGAAGGGGGACAGGGCUUGGUUCAGGCCUUAUUAGAGGGUGUGGCAGCUGGUACUUUCCUGUAUGUCACCUUCCUAGAAAUCCUGCCCCAGGAGCUGGCUGAUCCUGAGGCCCCUCUGGUCAAAUGGGGCUGUGUAGCUGCUGGUUUUGCUUUCAUGGCCUUGAUUGCCUUAUGGGCCUGACUUUUCUGAUGGACUUAUCUAGGGGGACCUCCUACUCCCCAGAGACAUCUCCCAAGCAGUCACCAGGCAUCAUCCUCAUGGAAGGGAUUCCACCUUCUCCCCAUGAGAUACAUUUCUCACUCAGGACUAAGAAAAAGGUGCUCGGGCAGAGUGACUAUUCACUGGAGAAUUGGUGUAAAGACCACCACUCCAGCUUUGACUCUUGUCUCAUUAUGCUAUCCUGUGCAAUAAAGUGUCCACUUACCCUUCCCUUCAGCCUCAUUGUAUGCCAUUUCUCCUGGUUGCCUAGAAAUUUCCUGGUGCAGGAGGUGGCAGAAUGGAGAGUGAAGACAGGAGUAUUGGAUGCACUCUUUUGUUCUGGAAUGAGGGCCUCUAGCCAUUCUGUCAGUUGCAGGCCAUGCCCCUAGACAUGAAUGCAGUGCUGAAAUUCCAGCAAUCCUGUCCCACCUGACCCACAGGAACUGAGCAAAUGAGCCAGAGUUGUCAGCAUUCAGGUGGGAAGAGAUUGAAAAACAAGCCAUGGGGCCAGUUCUGUGGUACAGCAAGUUAAGCUGCCACUUGGGACACUGGUAUCCUAUAUUGUAGUGCCAUUGCAAGUCCCAGCUGCUCAACUUCUGGUCCAGUUUCCUGCUAAUGUGCCUGGGAAGCCAACAGAGGAUGGCCCUAGUACUUGAGUUCCUGCCACCCCUGGUUCCUGCCACCUGCCUGGUUGGAAUUCCUGGCCCCUGGCUUCAGCCUGGCCCAGACCCACUGUUACGGCAACUUGGGGAGUGAAGUAGCAGUUGGGAACUAUCUCUCUAUCUCUGCCUCUGUCUCUCUCACUCUCACUCUGUUACUCUGCCCUGCAAAUAAAUAAUUUUUUAAAAUAAAAAUAAAAA